AUGACGUCUCACCGAAACCAAAAUCUGUGCGAGACUGGCGAACACGUGCCGGCCGUCGGCAAUUGUCAAAGCAAAGUAAAUCGGGCGGCAAGCAUAAAACUAAUUCGCCGCCCGCACAGGUCAAAGGACGCCGCCGCGCCGUUUAACGAGCCGACACCGGCACACGUGCACAGUACAGCCGCAAAUAAAUCUGGUGCCUUCUUAUUUCAUAUCGACAUUUUCGCAGUGAAAGCAGACAGCAUGGUCAAUAGGGUGUUUUCAGAAGUGACAAGUACAGUGACGAACUCUUUCGAGGCGAACCAAGUGGUGCCCGAUGUGGUGCCGAAGGCGCCUACUGCUCUUGUCAAGGUGGUGUUCCCUAGUGGCGUAGAGGUGAAUGAAGGCAACGAGCUAACUCCUACUCAAGUUAAAGAUGUCCCAACAGUCACGUGGGACGCUAGCCCUGAUGAAUUUUAUACUUUGGCUAUGACAGAGCUCCGAGAAUUUGAGCACUGGCUGGUCGUUAAUAUUCCCGGUAACGACGUGACCGCUGGCGAGACCCUCGCCGCCUACAUAGGCUCUGGUCCAUCGCAGAACUCUGGUCUCCACAGAUACGUGUAUCUAGUAUACAAGCAACCAUCACGACUCACCUUCGAUGAACCUCGCCUUCCCAACACGUCUGCCGACAAUCGUACCAACUUCUUCAUUGCCAAGUUUGCUGAAAAGUACGAGCUCGGUGAUCCGAUCGCUGGCAACUUCUAUCAGGCUCAAUACGAUGACUAUGUACCAAUCUUGUUCGAGCAGCUUGGUAUUGAUACUUACAACUAA